CUGGAACAAUCGAGGUCGAGGUCAUUCUGCACAAAAUUCACGUACGUACACGUAGACACGUUGCUCAAGAUUCUCGGACGGAAAGCUUUCCAGGUGUUUCCUUUUUGGCUAACAUUCUGACGUGAAAUUAUCCAUAAUGUCUGAAGCAAGUCCUGCAGGGGAAGGAGCACCUUCCAAGAAGGCACUGAAGAAACAGCAGAAGGAGGCGGAGAAAGCAGCCAAGAAAGCUGAGCGUCAGGCCCAACAGGCGGCUGAUGCAGAGGCUUCGGAAGGGGAAGAUUACGCCAAGGACCGGUAUGGAGUGUCUCGUAUGGUUCAGUCCCAUGAAAAACCAGAUCGUAAGUUGGUGAAAGUGAGCACGUUGAACUCUGACGUGGCUGACCAGACAGUGUGGGUCCGUGCUAGGCUACAUACCAGCAGGGGCAAAGGCAAGCAAUGCUUUGUGGUCCUACGUCAACAGCAGUUUACCGUUCAAGGAAUCCUAAACGUUAAUGAGACCAUCAGCAAAGCUAUGAUCAAAUUCACUAGUGGAGUGGCCAAGGAAUCUAUAGUGGACGUUGAAGGCGUGGUUGCUGUUGUGCCACAAAAGAUUGAAAGCUGUACACAGCAGGAUGUAGAACUACGUCUACAAAGGUUCUAUGUCAUCAGCCAGUCGGUUCCCCGCCUCCCGCUCCAAAUCGAGGACGCGUCCCGGCCCAAGGGGGAAGAGGAAGAAGGCAGCCAGGCCCCAACGGUCAACCAGGACACGAGGCUGGACAACCGCAUCCUGGACCUCAGGACCCAGACCAAUCAAGCCAUUUUCCGUGUGGAGGCGGCAGUUUGCCAGCUUUUCAGGGAAGCUCUCAGGAAACGAGACUUUGUCGAGAUUCACACCCCGAAAAUUAUCUCGGCUGCUAGUGAGGGUGGCGCCAACGUCUUCACUGUCUCCUACUUCAAGACCAAUGCUUACCUUGCCCAGUCGCCCCAGCUGUACAAGCAGAUGGCUAUAGCCGCUGACUUCAACAGGGUCUUCACUGUCGGAGCAGUCUUUAGGGCGGAAGAUUCCAACACCCAUCGUCAUUUGUGUGAGUUUGUGGGGCUGGAUCUGGAGAUGGCCUUUGACUAUCACUACCAUGAGGUAACUGAUGUGAUUGGUGGAAUGUUCAAUGACAUCUUCCGGGGUCUCCGCGACCGCUUUCCCACGGAGAUCGCCAUGGUCAAUAAGCAGUUCCCGGCUGAGCCGUUCAAGUUUCUGGAUCCUCCGCUCCGCCUGGAGUUUCCGGAAGGUGUCAAGAUGCUGAAGGAUGCGGGAGUGGAGAUGGGUGACGAGGAUGACCUCAGCACUCCCAACGAAAAGUUACUUGGACGUUUGGUGAAGGCAAAGUACGACACUGACUUCUACAUUCUGGAUAAAUACCCGCUGGCCGUGCGGCCUUUUUACACCAUGCCGGAUCCGAAUAACCCUAAAUACUCCAACUCGUACGACAUGUUCAUGAGGGGAGAGGAAAUCCUGUCGGGAGCCCAGCGAAUCCACGACCCGGAAUUCCUGUCGGAGAGAGCAAAGCACCAUGGGAUAGACCUGGAGACAAUCAAGUCCUACAUUGACUCGUUCCGUUUUGGAGCGCCCCCACAUGGCGGUGGUGGUAUUGGCAUGGAACGUGUGGUCAUGUUGUACCUGGGACUGGACAAUAUACGCAAAACCUCCAUGUUCCCUCGCGACCCCAAAAGGCUUACCCCAUAAAUCUCUUCAAAUAUCUGUAUUUCUGACUCAUUGAGGUAAAUCUAUAUCUCACAAUAGCGUCACACGGUAUAAUAGGCCUUAUAUCCUUAUUUUUUGGUUUGGUUUUCUUUAUAAAUGUUUCAGAAUGCCUUUUUUUUGCCUGCAAAUAUUUUGAAGUUGAUCAGCUCCUACCUUGAAGGAGGAAAAGUAAGAAAUGAGGGUCAAGGUACUAGACUGAUGUCAAUAAGUCUGUUACUUUUCCAACUUUGGCAUGGCUAAGGGUAACCGACCAGUGUACUUCAUAAAAAAUGUGGUUGAGAAUUGAAUAACAUCUAUGCAGUGUGCUUGAUAUUGUUGACAUGUUUAUUUUGAGAAGAUAGGUAGUAUAGACCAAUUCGGGCACCGUCAUUUCUAUCACUGAGGCCCCCAUCAAUGGCUAUUAGCUAUUGUUUGGGUAACUGUCACAGAACAGUUGCUCUGUACAAUAGCUAGCAAAAUGAUUUCGCCAUUGGAGGGGGCCUUCCGUGAGUGAACGGUGAUCAUGUGACCAGAUUCCUCUAUAGGGCACGCUCUCUUUCUCUUCUUUCUUUUUUUGGUCAAACUCAUACAAGAAUAUUUUGGUUUAGAUGAAGAAAAAUAAAAGUGCCUUUCAGUGUUUAUGGAAUGGAAUGGGAAAUAUGGGAAAAAGAAAUUCCAUAUUGUACAUGGAAUGAUAAUACAACAAAACAGUCUGUUGCAAGACUUUUUUGGAAGAAGAAUAGGAAGAACUCUCUAGAUGAAGAACAACUUAGAAAAAGAAAAAUUGGGAUAAAUCAGGAAAAAUGAAUGAUUGUUACAUGAUCGUUAUCCAACUCAACAGAAAUGAAUCGGAAGUCACCAUCAGAACUACUUUGAGUAAAGUGGCCACAGACAAAUCUUGCGUUGUUAUGAACUGAACCUUUGGAUUCCCAUGUCAUUGUUUCAGAGUUUUUAAGAGAUUGAGCAAACUAAAAAUCCAAAAGAACGGCUGAGUUAAGCUGUAAAUGCAUUUUGAAACUCUCAUUUUAUAAGCGAUGAAGUGCCUCUAAGACUUGCUUCGCUGAAUUCCCUGUUGUUAACGUGCGCUUGGUAAUAACAACUUUGGCUGUUGACUUUUAGUUGUAUUAAGCUUUUCAGCGGGCCACAUAGUAGGACUUAAUUAAAAGAUCAUGCUUAAAAUUGUAAAUCCUGGUAGUGUUUUCAAGCCACACUGUAUUAUGUUGGUUAAUGUAUACAAGGUAUGGUUAUUACCCUCAAAUAAACCAGCAUGGGGACGGAUAGCUCAGUUGGUGGAUCACCGUUACGGUGUUCUGGAAGUUGGUGGUUCAAAUCCAUUUCCUGUCGGCUUUAUUUUUGUUUAGAUUACAUUUGCCUCUACAUACAACAUAUAUAUAAGAUGUUUUAGUUUUAUGGACCAAUUUUGACUAUAUUCUUUUUUUUUCUUCCGGUGGUAGGUCUCACUCAUCCUUGAAUUUUGUUGUGUCACGUGCUCUCAUUAAAAUAUGUUCAAGUUCAAACUCUGCCAAUGUUACAGUGUUAGUGAUUUAAUGUACAGGGUGGUCCAACAACAGGUUAACACUUUUUCAGACGCCCAUUUCUCAACAUAGGGAGACAUGUUGAAAUGUUUUAAGACAUUUCUAAACUACAAGAUCUUGGUAGUAUAUGCUGAAAAUGGCGUUGAAAAUAAAGCCUAAUUAGCCUUUGAAUGAGAUAUCGAACAAAAUAAAUCCACCUUGUUCGGUUAUUGAAUACAUGUAAAUAAUUUACUAAGUUCAAAUUACUUUUGACCAGACAAUUAUGCAGGCUUAUCACUCUGUGUGUUAUGGGUGCAAAAACUACCCUAAAAAGCUUCCUUUUGAGGGGUUAAAAACGAUCAAAAAAGAAAGAAGAAAUUCUUCCGUUUAAAUAAAACAAAAAUGGAAAAUUCGUUGUAGAAGAAAAAUGAAUAGAGUAUGUUGAAGAAGACAGGGUAGACAACUCUGAGGGAGAUUCUGACAUUAGCUGUUGCCAUGAUAUGACAGAUUGUAUUAAAGUACAUGCAUGCAUGUCAAUUACCUGAAA